UUAAUUUUAAUACAUACUUAAUGUUUUUGAAGGUUAUGAAACAUAUUAAUGUACUAAAAAGUCAAAAACUAUAAUACAAAGUUAUUUAUUAAUCAUGAUAGAAAAAACAUGUUAUAACGUUGAAAAAAGGCAUAUAUUGCAUAGUAGCAUUUUUAAUCAAACUUUAAGAGACUGGCAAGGACUGCAAAGUGAGCUAACCACAAAGAAUUUUAUGUACCCAAUUUUUUUAGUGGAAGAUGAAAAUGCUGUGCAACCCAUUGAUAGUAUGCCAGGAAUUUCCAGAUUUGGAAUAAAUAAAUUGAAAAAUCAUCUAUGGCCAUUAGUACAAAAAGGCUUGCAAGCAAUUCUUUUAUUUGGUGUUAUUGACAAUCUACCUAAGGAUGACUAUGCGACAAAUGCAGACAGUCUGCAGAACCCAGUAAUAAAAGCUCUCCCUCAACUAAAAACAUGGUUUCCUAAUCUGACAAUUGCAUGUGAUGUAUGUUUGUGUCCUUACAGCUCCCAUGGACAUUGUGGUAUUUUAUUUCCUGAUGGAACAUUAAAUAAUGAAGCUAGUUUGGAAAGAAUUUCAGAUGUAGCUUUAUCCUAUGCCCAGGCAGGAGCUCACAUUGUGGCUCCUUCAGAUAUGAUGGAUGGAAGAAUAGCAGCCAUAAAACAAAAACUGAUUCACCACAAAUUGGCUAAUAAAGUAGCGGUUCUAUCAUAUACUGCAAAAUUUGCAUCAAAUUUCUAUGGACCAUUUAGAGAUGCGGCAAAAUCAAAACCAGCAUUUGGAGAUAGAAGAUGUUAUCAGUUGCCACCCACUAGUGCCAACCUUGCCAUUAGGGCUGCAGAGAGAGAUGUAUCAGAAGGAGCCGAUUUACUCAUGGUAAAGCCAGUUAUGGCAUACAUGGAUAUUUUGAAAACGAUCAAAGAUAAGUUUCCUCACUAUCCUAUGUUCGUUUACCAAGUGUCUGGGGAAUAUGCAAUGAUUUACAAAGCCUCACAAGCAGGGACAUUUGAUUUAGAAGCUGGUCUGAUGGAGAUUUUACGGUCGUUAAGGCGUGCAGGUGCAGAUGUAAUAAUAACUUAUUUCACACCACUUAUUUUGGAUUUAUUACAACCUAAACACAAAUUAUGAACUGGGAACAAUUUUAUAUCAUUUAGAAAAUGUUUUAUAUUAGAAGUUUACUUUUCUAGUUAUUUUGGGCAAUGUUUUCGUUAAUAAAUAAUGAUAGUAAA